UAUCGUGAAUAUUUCAUAACCAAUCAGAAUGGAUGGUUGAGUAGAAAUAUGUCUGCUUAUACUAGAGAUGUUUUUAAUUGGAAAGCAUCCACGAUUUAUUCGGCAUCGAAAUAUGCGCAAGUGCAAUACCAAUACAAUACAAUACAAGUUAGAAUGAUAGAAUAUUGUGUUUAAGAUCAAAUUGUAAUCUUUAAUAUUGAAUGUAUUGGCAAUAAAAAUGAGUACUGUUAAACUUGAUGUUUUGUGGUCUCCUGUUCAUUCUAAUAAAUUUAUUACAUGGGGAACAGAAAUAUGUCUUUAUGAAGUUGCUGAUAUUAAAGAUGGUAUAAGACAAUUAUGUGUUAAACUUUCGGAUUCUACUGUUGCUCAUUUAUUAGCAACUAAUACGAAUCAUCAUUAUGUUAAAUGUAUUGACAUAUAUCCACAAGCAGAAUUAGAUAUUUUAUUAGCGGUUGGACAGGACGAUGGAAAAGUAGUCUUAACUACAUUUGGUCCAACUAUAUUUGAUUCUUAUGGUUAUGCUGGUAAAGAACUUGUUCCUAAACACUCGAGACAGUGUAAUGCUGUUGCAUGGAAUCCAGUAGAUUCAAAUUUAAUAGUCACCGGUUUAGAUAAGCAUCGUACUGAUCAUUCAAUUCUUCUCUGGGACAUAACCAAAAAUUCUGAAAGAAUUUAUCAUAACAAUACUCAAGCUGAUCCAAAUAGGCCGGUUGCUGAAUUAGCUGUAUCUGAAGUAAUACAUUCGUUGGAUUGGUUUAAGAGUCAACCAAAAUGUUUAGUUGUCGGUGCUAAUAACAAACAAUUAAAGAUGAUUGAUUUUCGAGAUUCUGCUAAAAUAGUAAAUGCUGCUUCUACAAAAGCAGUCUAUGACUUAUCAGUAAAUCCACAUAAUAACAAUUAUUUACUUUCACACGUUGAUAAUCAAAUUACUAUAUGGGAUACACGAUGGUUUGAGAAACCCAUUCUUACUUUAUCACAAGGCAAACCUGUUACAAAAGUCUUAUGGUGUCCAACAAGGCAUAACUUAUUGGGAGCAUUACAGAAAGAUUCAGCGGCAUUACACUUGUACGAUAUACAACAUUGUGGAAUGGGUGGAGGAGAAGAUUCAGAACUUGGUGCAUUGGAAAGAACAGUUGCACCGCCAUGGCAUAGUCCAGUUAGUUUUGCAUGGCAUCCAACACAUGCUUAUCGUUUAUUAGCAAUAUCUCAACAAGGACUUACGGAUUAUACAGUCUGUGAAAGAAUUACAGUUAAUUGGUCUACUAGAUCUUACAUGGUAUGGAAUCACGCGUCCAAAUCAUUUAAGUAUAUUUGUAGUAGCGAUAAUAUUUACAAAUCUAUUGAUGAUAUUUCUAUUCUGACUAAAACAAGAGCCUUAGCAGAUUAUGGAUUAUUACCUGAAUUAGCACAAAACGGUGAAUUGGCUGAAAAUGAUACGUUGAAAAAUUUAUGGCAAUGGUUGUACUUAAGUCGUUCUCUCGUAGAAGAUGGAACUGUAAUAAGUCCAGAUAAUAAACAUCCUGGUGUAAGAACACUUUUGAAAUUGGACGGACAACAAAAUUCUAAUAAUGGUUUAUUAAAAUCAGAACUUACUCAUCGACCCUGGGCAGAUAUAGGUUCCACACAUACUGCUAAGAUUUAUAGAUCCGCUGAUAGAGAUAAAGGUCUACUAUUAUGUGGUUGGAGAUUUGAAAAAGAUACAAAUGCUCCAUACGAAAAUCUAUUCUUAGAUAGAUUAGUAAGAGAAGGAGCCUAUCCUAGAGCUGCUGCGAUAGCCGUAUUCAAUCUUUGUUUGAGACAAGCUAUAGAAAUAUUAAAUCGUGGAGCUAGAAAAAUGUUAAUAGCUACUAAUUUAAAUAUCGUCGCUAUGGCAAUAUCUGGCUUUUCUGAAGACAGGAAUAGCAUGUGGAGAGAGUCGUGUUUAAAGUCCAGAUGUCAACUUUCUGAUCCAUAUUUGAGAGCAACGUUUGCUUUCUUAACAGCGGACAAUGAUUCAUACGAGAAUGUACUUAAUGAAAAUGGUAUGGCAGUAGAAGACAGAGUUGCGUUUGCUCUUAUGUUUUUGCCGGAUAAUAAAUUAAUUGAGUAUAUUAAAAAAUUAACUCAAAACUUGACCGAAGAAGGGAAUUUAGCAGGCUUUCUCUUGACAGGAGCAAGUUUAGAAGGUAUUAAAUUAUUAAAUAGGUAUUUAGAAAUAUCUGGAGAUGUACAAAGUUGCAGUCUUAUAGCUAUUAGAGCAUUGUCACCUAAAUUACUUCAAGAGAAUCAAGUUGAAGUAUGGAUAGCCAGCUAUAGGGAUUUAUUAAAUGCUUGGAAAAUGUGGAUUCAACGUGCUCAUUUUGAUAUCGCCAUGAGAACUGCAACAAAUGAAAAACCACCUCCUCAAAUAUACGUUUCUUGUAAUUUCUGCGGUAAAAGUAUAUCCGCUUUUAUGCAAGGACUCAGCAGAGCUAGAGGACCGUUUGGUAGAUUAGGAAGUACUUCUAAUAAAUUAAAGAUGUCUUCGUGUCCUAGUUGUCGAAAACCGUUACCACGAUGCGCAAUUUGUUUAAUGCAUAUGGGUACUGUUAGUGGAAUUCAAUUGACUUCUGCUGGUAUAAGUAGAAAUGAGGAUGACAAUAAACUAACAGAAUUUAAUAAUUGGUUUACAUGGUGUCAAACGUGCAGACACGGUGGUCAUGCCGAUCAUAUAACACAUUGGUUUAGACAACAUUCUGAGUGUCCAGUAACGUCUUGUACGUGUCGAUGUUUCUCUUUGGAUGCAUCCUGUAAAAUAGGAACGAGUGUUAUGUAAAUAAAUGUGUAGAUAUUUAUUGUACAGUAAUAUAUACUACUAAAUAUUUCUACUUAUAA